UGAAAUUAUUUAGGCCAGAAUGAAUGGAAGUAAGUGGAAUGGACAUUGAAUUUUAGUUGUCUAACUGGAGUAGUGGAUUCUCAGGACCUUCUUCUUGUGACAGAUGUGGCUCUUAAGGAUAGAUGUCAGCAUCAUGUAUAACAUCAGAGGGUCUUCUUGGGUCACAUUCUUCACUGUCUACACAGGCUGGCUUUGCAUCUUUACACAUGCUCAAAUGAAAAUUCCACCAGAAACGGUUCAAAAAUGGGCCAUCACCAUUUCAGAGCAAAUCAAUGCAAUUGCAUCAAAAUACUCAGGUGCUGUGCUAUUACAAAAGAAACAUGAAAGAUGUUGAGCCCAUCAUCAGAAUAGAGGAUGUAGAUGGAGCACGAUUAGUGCUGGAAUUUGCAGAUGAAAUCGAAAGAAUGCUUGGCAGCAAGAUGAAAUCUGUGAAGAGGCUUGCAGACACAGCUGAGGACGCUGACCUUUAUCAUGAGUAUAAUGCAUCUUUACAGUUUGACUACUUUAAUGCAUUAUUGGUGAAUACUAUGGAUGAAGAGGGAAAUUUCAUUGAACUUGGAGGUGAAUUUCCACUGGAAGAGAAUGAACAUUUCAACAAGCUUUCAGUCAACACUUUAAUGAGCGACAUCCAAGUUCCCACUAAUGUCUACAACAAAGAUCCAAACAUUCUUAAUGGAGUGUACAUGUCAGAAGCCUUGAAUGAUGUCUUCAUCAGUAACUUCCAGAAGGAUCCCACACUCACUUGGCAAUAUUUUGGCAGCUCAGCUGGAUUCUUCAGACUCUAUCCAGGAAUUAAAUGGACACCUGAUUCUAACGGCGUAGUUUCUUUCGACUGCAGAAACAGAAAUUGGUAUAUCCAGGCUGCCACCUCUCCUAAGGACAUUGUGAUUCUAGUUGAUGUCAGCGGAAGCAUGAAGGGUCUCAAAAUGACCAUUGCCAAACACACUAUCAACACUAUCCUGGACACGCUCGGGGAAAAUGACUUUGAAAAUUAUAUCACGUACACUGAUUAUGUCCGCUAUGUGGAGCCCUGUUUCAAGGGAACGUUGGUACAGGCAGACUUGGACAACCGUGAGCAUUUCAAGCUGCUUGUUGAAGAACUCCAUGUGAAGGGAGAGGCUAAAGUAAAAAAAGCCGUGAAGGAGUCGUUCCGCAUCCUCGCUGACGCCAGAGCCAAUGGUCAGGGCAGCCUAUGUAACCAAGCAAUUAUGCUGAUCACAGACGGAGCCAUGGAAGAUUUCCAAUCAGUGUUUGAAGAGUUCAACUGGCCUGACAAGAAGGUACGAGUUUUCACUUACCUUAUUGGCAGAGAUAUGAGGGUAUGUAGUCAGCCAGUAUUAAAAAUAAUUUACUCUUCCCCAUGUUAUUAUACUCACAUCUCUACACUGGCUGAUGUACAGGAGAACGUCAUGGAGUAUCUUCAUGUUCUGAGUCGACCGAUGGUCAUCAACCAUGACCAUGACAUAAUCUGGACCGAGGCGUAUAUGGACAGUGUGCUUCCUAACACUAAGGAGCUGUUCAAAAGCAAAGCUCACAGUCUUCUGCUCAUGACAUCAGUGGCCAUGCCAGUGUUCAGUAAGAAGAAAGAAACACUUUCUCAUGGCAUUCUGCUGGGAGUGGUGGGAACUGACGUUCCUCUGCUGGAGGUCAUGAAACUUGCUCCACGAUAUAAGCUUGGAGCACAUGGUUAUGCCUUUCUCAUCACAAACAAUGGAUACAUUCUGGCACAUCCUGAUUUAAGACCACUGUACAUUGAUGGGAAGAAGUUGAAACCCAAGCCCAACUACAACAGUGUAGAUCUGUCAGAGGCUGAGUGGGAGGACACUGAGGACAGUUUGAGAACAGCCAUGGUGAAGGGCGAAACCGGCACUCUGACUUUAGAUGUGAGAGCAGCUGUGGAUAAAGGGGUGAGUGUUUUAUUCCUCAAAAAUGAAUAUUUCUACACAACAAUCAAUGAAACUCCAUUUAGCUUUGGGAUGGUGCUUACAAGAGGUCAUGGGCAGUACAUGUUCUUUGGGAAUGUUUCUGUGGAGGAGGGUCUUCAUGACCUUCAGCAGCCGGACCUCACUAUAGCAGAUGAAUGGACAUAUUGUGAGACAGACAUUGACCCACACCACCGUAAACUCACUCAGCUCCAGGCUGUGGUCCGAUACCUGACUGGGAAAGAGCCGGACUUGGAGUGUGACGAGAUACUUCUUCAGCAAGUUCUUUUCGAUGCAGUGGUAACAGCACCGCUGGAGGCCUACUGGACAGCACUAAUGCUAACCGCUCCCGGUGUAGAUGAAGGCAUUGAGUCGGCUUUCCUGGGAACUCGAUCUGGGCUCAUGCGUGUGAUCAGAUAUGCAGGAAGUGAGAAACGUGUUGGAAAUCGGCAUCAGAUCCUCCUUUUCAUCCUGCUCUGGUUCCUUUGCCACCAUCAGCGGCUGUUGCCGCUGGCUGUUUCCCUCUAUCAGCUGCUGCUGUUCAUGAGCCAUCAGCAUUGCAUAGAUGCAGCCGUAGGUGGCCGUUACCACCAUCAUCACACACACCACUCCACACACCACCCCAGCUACCACCACUGUGGCAGUCGCUCGACGCACACUCACAGGCCGGAACAGCCUGAUGGACAACUUGUAGAUGUUCCACAAGAGCCCAGAAGAGUCAUCAAGAGACCUGAGGAAACUAGAGAAAAUGGAGAGGAAUGCAACCGCUAUAAAAUGAUCUUAAAAGUUUUCUGGUUUUCCUUUUUUCUUCCAUGUGCAGCUAUUGGAAUGCAAGCAUCCCUGGACUUGCUGGAGAGAGUGUUCCUGUCUAUUGCCAAACAACCAAACAACACAGACUGCAGUGAUGUGGACGGUAUAUGUCCUCUCAGCUGUGAGAGCGUUGAUGUGAACUGUUACCUUAUUGACAAUAAUGGCUUCACACUGGUCUCAAAGGAAAAAGAGGACGUUGGUAAAUUCUUCGGGGAAAUAGACGGAUCUGUCAUGGCUCAGUUACUAAAAUCGGGCCUGUUUAAAAGGGUGACUCUGUAUGACUACCAGGCCAUGUGUAAGAACGCCCAUCAUCACACUAGUGGAGCUCGUCCACUGCUCAGCCCUUUCUAUGGUCUGCUGGCAUUAGUAAAGUGGUUCUUCUCACAUUUUGUGAUGUUUCUGUUGGAGUUCAACAUCUGUGGUCUUUGGCAUAAUGACUAUGUUGUGGAUGCACACAGACAGAAGAAGGUGGAACUAAUGCAGCCUUGUAACACAGAGUAUCCCGGCUUCAUGUACGACACUUCCAUCAGAGAGACCAACAGCAUCAUCAAAUGUGGCCGUUGUCAGAAGAUGUUUGUUUUACAGCAGGUUCCUAACAGUAACCUGGUCAUGCUGGUGGUCCAGGCCGACUGCGACUGCUCCCGACAGUACGCUCCCAUUACACUCGCACCCAGAGAGGUCAAAUAUAACGCCACAGUUAAGUGCAACAGGAUGAAAUCUCAGAAGAUUCGCAGACGACCAGAGUCUUGUCACGCAUACCAUCAUCAUGAAAAUGCCAAGGAUUGUGGUGGAGCAUGUGGGAUAGCAGUAUCUCUCACUCUCUGCUUCAUAUGUUUGGCCACUUCAUUGGCUCUCCACUGAAUAACAGAAUAUCCUUCUGCCAUGACCGCUGUCUAACAGUGGACCCAGGGACCACAAAACAGGACACUUGUGAUGGUCAACUAUGGAUCAGGAAUUCAAUCAAAAAACAGGUUUAUACUAGUAGUAUUUGUUAUUAUGAUUUAAAAGGGAUAGUUCCCCCCAGUGAAAGUGGAAUGACAUGAGGGUGAGUAAAUGAUGACAGAUAUAUAUUUUUUUUUUUAUGUUAGUUUGUUUUUAUGAACUGUCCCUUUAAUUUGCAUCAUUCACUGUAGGUCUGCCCCCUAUUGGACUCAAUAUGACACUGCACAGAUCAUAUUUUUCUCAGUGGCAGCUAAAGCCAGAGAUAUAAUCUUAGAUUGUCUCCUGUGACUUGAUGUUAUACAUCAGAUCUGCUAUUGUCUUAAUUUUUUAUGUUUAGGAUUACGAUGAAUGUUUCUAAGCAAAUAUAGAGCAGUGGCAACUAAACUGCUCUUUAUUUUCAUGAUGGUUACUACUUAAUGUUUUCAUUAAGCCACAUUUUCAGAAACUCUGUAAUGAAAAGCAUUUCAUAUGUUGUGUGAGAAGGAUACAGUUUAAUCAUUUUUUAAAAACUUAUACAUGUUUGUAUUUUAGUAUCUGUAAGCUUAUUGAUCCAAGACCAAUAGUCUUUAAAUACGGCUUGACAUUGGUUGAGAAAUGUUUUGUGUGCGAACAGAAAAUAGUGAAAGACGAUGGAAUUACUCAGUGUUUGUAUGAUUAAAUGUGCAGAAAGUGUGAACAAUUUUGUUGAAAUUUGUGUUUAUAUACAAAAAUGUCUGCUUGUACAAUAAUAUAAUAGAAUUAGCUGAAUUAGUGAACUCUGUAAGCCCACUUAUUAAACACUGAUUUAUUUGUAAUUAUUUUACAACUCUAUAAGACCA